AUGACUGCCAUGUUCCUCCACGGAGUAACACUUCUGGUUAGAAAACCUAAAGAAAUAUCUGUGGAUAUAAUCCUGGCUUCGGAAUAUAAAAGCAGCUGGCCUACUAGCACCCAGGGAGGCCUGCCCAUCAGUAACUGGCUUGGAGCAAAAGUUAAGAACAGUUUAAGACGACAGCAAUUUUACCUCGUACCCAAGCAUGCAAAGGAAGGAAGUGGUUUCCAAGAAGAAACAUGGCGUCUGUCCUUCUCUCACAUUGAAAAGGACAUUUUGAAAAAUCACGGACAAUCUAAAACAUGCUGUGAAAUUGAUGGAGUGAAAUGUUGCAGGAAAGAGCGUUUAAAACUAAUGAAAUAUCUUUUAGAACAACUGAAAGAAAAGUUUGGAAACCGAAAGGAAUUGGAUAAGUUGUGUUCUUAUCAUGUGAAAACUGCCUUCUUUCACGUCUGUACCCAGGACCCAGAUGACAGUCAGUGGCACUCCAAGGAUUUGGAGCUCUGCUUUGAUAACUGUGUGACAUACUUUCUUCAGUGCCUCAAGACAGAACAACUUGAGCAUUAUUUCAUUCCUGAAGUCGAUCUCUUAUCUCGAGACCAUAUUGACAAGCUAAGUAAAGAAUUUCUGUCAAAGCAAAUUGAAUAUGAAAGAAACAAUGGAUUUCCAGUUUUUGGUGAAUUUUGA